AUGAACCGCAGAGCAGACCCGACGAAUCUGCUGUGUCCAGUACUGGAUAAAGUAUUGCACGAUGAAGACUGUGCUGAGCUGGCGCUCGAGCUUACAGCAGUGGACCGCCUUAUAAGUGGUCAGUGCCUUGUGGAUCAUUUGCAGGAAAGCACAAGACGUAAACGCUGCCGAGCACUUGUGGACUUGCAGGACGGGAACGUACAGGACCCAAGCGAGUCCAAUAACGAGACGCUCUGCUACCUCAGUGAUGUAGAAGAAAGCAGUGAAUGUGAAGAUGACAGCAGCGCUGACGCACUCAUCGCUGCCUUUGGACCAGAUGAAAAUGAGAGCGACGAGAGGUCGAAUCAGAUACGGGACCAGAUGGAGCUACGCAGUAAAAAGUUACCACGCACAUCAUCCGCCUCUUUGAGGCGCGUUUGUCUCUGCAAAAAAGAACGUGUUAGCUUGGCUAGUGAAGACAAAACGGACGCUGGUAGACAGGAAGCUUUUGAUUCGCACAAUGCGUCCCAAGAAUACUUGGACAAUCAUAUUCGUUAUGCCGUAGUGGUGCGUGUAGUGAAGGUCGAGACAAUAAAGGGACAAACCAUGUUUGUACUGAAGGUGUCGGAUGCAGAAACGAAUAUGCGGUGGGAGACGAAGAAAACGCUCAAGGAGAUGAUGCUGUUCUACUCGCACAUUGAACAGAUAAGUCUUGUAAAUGCGCCGGUAAAGAAGACAUUCUGGGGAACUUUACGAGGGUUGCGAAGAUUUAGGCUGCCAAAAAAACUGUUUGCUUUCCGAGGCUCAUUGAACACGCAGAGACGAGUUGCAUUUGAUUCAUUUUUGAGACAGACAGCGGCGUUGGUCGCGCCGGCACCGCUCGGACCACGACGGAGGAAGGCAGUUUUGUUGCUGCAAGAGUUUGUCGGCGUACCUCGCCAUUGCGACGUAAUUGAUCGUGAUGGAUGCACGUGCUUUUUUCUUCGAAACAAAUUGAACGCGUCGGAGCUCGUGUUGAAAAUCUUUGGCGCACCCGAGCAUAACGUAACCCGUGUGUGUCAAUCAUUCGUGUUAGCACUCACUCUGAAGAGCCUCGAUGAUAAGCACGCAUUUAUGCCGGAGCGGAAAGCGCGAACGAUUCUGAGUACGGUGUCUAGAAAGAUGGGGGAGAUCAACACCAAGAUGCUGAAGGACGAUGUGUUGCUGGGUCAGCUUGGAGCUGCACAUUUGGAGCGCUCGGAGCCGGACUAUGACGAGUUUCUGGACGAAGUGAAGCAUGCAGUAUGUGGAUUUGUACAGGAGCGUGUGUUGGUGCCGCUGGAGGACCACGUUCAUGAGGCAUUAGACACGCUUACGAACUGGGAUGAUGAGAUUGCACUAAAACAAAAGAUCGAGGUACUUCGUACGAAGCCUGGGUCUUUUUUCGGAGUGCCUCCGCAUAUCGUAGCUGGCUCUGGCAGUGAUUGGGAAGAUGCACGCCGCGAGCUACGCCGCGUGAACGAGUAUGCACUACCUCUGGACAAGUUGAAGUGUUUGGCGCGUGCUGCGGGAGCCAUUUUUCAAACAUGUGGAUCGUCCUGUUCCUCCUCGUCUGUAGACACGACGAGUCUCACUUCGAUUGAGGAACUGGACAUGGUGUUACGGCCUUCAAUGACCACGGACGAGUUUAUAUCGGUGCACUUGUUUGUACUAGUCAUGAGCAAUAUGUCGCAAUUGCUGAAUACACGCAAGUUUUUGCGGGUGAUGUGCGACCCUUUGAAUACCACUGGUGAGCUUGGUUAUUACCUCACAACGUUUGAAGUGGCAGUGGACUUGCUCAUUCGACAUGCGGACCCUCAGCAACCAAUGCUGUCGUAA